GUUGCGGAGCACCUUAAAUGCGGAGGUCCUCCUCUUCCUCCUCCUCCGGCUCUGUAAAGGUGACCGGGUCUCGCGCUCCGCGCUCAUUAUUUAACGUCUUCAAGUUGAGCGGCACGCGGAAGACGCGCCUGACGCAGUUCCGAUCGGGACAGGUUCGGAUGGACUAAGCUGCGCGCCGUCCACACUUUUUCUUUUUCUUCUUCGUGGCUUCAUUCUCAUCCCGGCUCGCCGCGCGGACUCUUGGAUGCUGGUGGAAGCACGCGCAUGCGUUGCUGUGGGAUAAUUUUGCAGCCGAAGUUGCAUCUCGUGGAAGCAGGAUGUGGACCACCGGGGCUCGCGCCUGCUGCUGGUCUCUGCUGGUCUCUGCGGUCUGCGGUGCGCAAAGCGCCAACGAGCCCAGCAACAUGUCCUACGUGAAGGCCACCGUGGACAAGCUGCUGAAGGGCUACGACAUCCGUCUGCGGCCGGACUUUGGAGGCGCGCCCGUGGACGUGGGCAUGAGCAUCGACAUCGCCAGCAUUGACAUGGUGUCUGAAGUCAACAUGGACUACACCAUCACCAUGUACUUCCAGCAGUCCUGGAGAGACAAGCGCCUCUCCUACACUGGGAUCCCUCUCAACCUGACCCUGGACAACCGGGUGGCCGACCAGCUGUGGGUCCCCGACACCUACUUCAUCAACGACAAAAAGUCUUUCGUCCAUGGGGUGACUGUAAAGAACCGGAUGAUCCGACUGCAUCCAGAUGGAACGGUGCUCUACGGCCUCAGGAUCACCACAACAGCUGCUUGCAUGAUGGACCUGCGCCGCUACCCGCUGGACGAACAGAACUGCACUCUGGAGAUCGAGAGCUACGGAUACACCACCGACGACAUCGAGUUCUACUGGCAGGGAGGAAGCAACGCAGACUCGGUCACCGGGGUAGAAAACAUCGAGCUGCCUCAGUUCUCCAUCAUCGACUACCAGACCCUCUCCAAGAAAGCUGUGUUUGCCACAGGUUCGUAUCCACGUCUGUCAUUGAGCUUCAAACUGAAAAGGAACAUUGGAUAUUUUAUCCUGCAGACCUACAUGCCCUCCAUCCUGAUCACCAUCCUGUCCUGGGUCUCCUUCUGGAUAAACUAUGAUGCCUCAGCUGCCAGAGUCGCUUUAGGUAUAACCACGGUGCUGACCAUGACUACCAUCAACACCCACCUCAGGGAGACCCUACCCAAGAUCCCCUAUGUCAAGGCCAUUGACAUCUACCUCAUGGGUUGCUUUGUCUUUGUCUUUCUGGCCUUGCUGGAAUACGCCUUUGUCAACUACAUCUUCUUCGGCCGUGGUCCUCACCUGCAGAAGAAGGCGGCAGAAAAAGCCAAAUCCAACAACGAGAAUAAGAGCCGACUGGAGAGCAACAAGGUGCAGGUUGAUGCCCACGGCAACAUCCUCCUGACCAACCUGCCCACCGAGAUGAGUGGGCCGGAUAUGAUGAGCGCUCUCAACGACCCUCGGGCUACCAUGUUCUCCUACGACAGCGCUAGCAUACAGUACCGCAAGCCCAUGACCAGCCGAGACCUGUACGGACGACCAGCCAUGGACCGGCCAAUAGGACACAAGAAGAGUCGUCUAAGAAGGCGAGCCUCGCAGCUCAAAGUCAAGAUACCGGACCUCACGGAUGUCAACGCCAUAGACAAGUGGUCCCGGGUCAUUUUCCCAAUUACCUUCACCUUCUUUAACCUGGUCUACUGGCUCUACUACGUUCACUAG